UAGUAAGUAAGGAAACAGGGGACAAGGGGAGAGGGAACCGAGGACAUCACUUUGCUCAGUGGAUGUUUUUGUUGGGGAAUGAGUGCGUGUGUUUGCAGUGUAAACGUUUUUCAUGGAAAGAGUACGAUAGCGAGAAAUGCCAUUGAAUGUUUUAUUGGGAAUCUAUAUAUAUAUACCAAGAUAAGUCAUGUUAGUGCACCCUUUGCAUUAAGAACUUGUACAACAUGAUGAGUUCUGGUUAAACAAGACGCGACUUUGUAGUCAGCUAAGGACUUUCAUUGCCCCUCCAGGGUUCGACUCAUGCCACCACGUUCACAUCCUUGCUUGCAAGAUGAGCAUGUGCCGUUGGUGCACGUCAUUGGGUGACGAUGUUGCAAAACUGCUCCAGAGGUACUGUGCUGGGUCUUGGUUAACAGAGGAUGAGGAGGCAGUCAACGAGGAGAAGGCACUCAACGAUGACCUCGAUAAGUGCCUGGAGUGUGUGGUAGCGUACCAUCGGGCGAAGGAGGAGUUGCCUGGGCUGCACCGGAGGCUAUGGGAGUUGGAGACGUCCAGGCUCCUGGACUUCUUUUCUCAUGCAGCAAAAGACGCACAGCCGGCUAAGGACCUCAGCUAUAUAGAAGAGGAUGGCCGGGAAAUCGGAGUGUCAAACAUCAGCCCCGCAGUGUACGAGGACUGUCUUGGGGUUCCCCUGUCAGAGGUCCUCAAAUACCCCUACCUACUGGCAUCCCCUGAAUUGAGUGAAAUGUGUGUUGAGGCAAUUUGUAAGAUGGAGGAAUAUAACUCCUUCCGGGUGUGUUCUAAAGAUCCAGGGAUCUACCUCCUCCUCGUCCACCCCAACGAGACGGUUAGGCGGUGGGCAAUUGGUGCUGCAAGGUCCUUAGGGAAGGUGGACCGAGACGACUUUUAUGACCUUCAGGACAUCUUCUCCUGCAUGUUCAACAUUGUCGACAUGGAUACUUCCUAUGAUCCGACGACUAAGAUGACCUUGCUACAACCGCAUCUUUACGAUUCCAAAAAUGCCAAAAACUACUGGUUGGGUAUCUGUAUGCUUCUGACACAGCUGGAUGCCCAGGCUAUGGACUCCCUGUUCCUGGGUCCAGACAAACAGGCCAACAUACUGCUCUGUAUCCUUAAUGCCUUGAAGGAUGAAGAACCAUCCAACGAGAUGGAUCCCUUCUGGCCAGUCUUGCAAUGUUUUAUGGUGAUCUUGGAUUGUUUGGGCUCCAGGUUUUGGGGUCAGAUUGAGCCAUCCCAAGCCUUCCAGGCCAUCACACAAAGCCCUAGCUACUCUGCAGAGCUCGAGAGCAUCAGACAACAAACCAUGAUAUCACGUGUUAAAACGGAAACUACAUAUGAUGAUGACAUGGUGACCUGCAGUCAGAUGGUAUAUGACAGUAACACCAAAGUGAGCAAGGGAAGCAAACGCUCACGUGGUGUGGAUAGCAAUGUGGUCUAUGAGGAUAUGAGUUCUUUGGUCAACCUCCUGCAUUCAGAAGUGGGACAGGCAUUGCGUGUGCACGACAGCACAUUUCUCUGGUUCAUCCCCUUUGUGAAAUCUGUUAUGGACCUUGACGAACACAGCGUCCUAUACAUUACUGAGGUUGUCCACUACCUAUGUGGGGAGAUCAGCACAGACCUCCCGAAGCCCCAGGUUCGCAUAUGUGACAAGGUCACAGAGUUCUUCACUCUUAUUCUGGUCCAUAUCAUCGAAUUGCACCUGGGGAUUGGCCGCAUGAAUAUGCUCUAUUACUGCGCUCCCAAGUGGGUGGGCGUGUUGGUGAAAUGUGCCAACCUGCCUGGUGACGCUUUCGUCCAUACCUCGGAAGGUCCAGUUUCUCACUCGGUGUCUUCCACAUCCUCCUUGAGGGUCAGUGUGCCCCGAAAGGCCUCUACUAGCAGGGCUGUUCCACAGGCAUGCAUGCAUAUCAUCCGGUCCCUGCUGAAGGAAGGGACCAGGCUGAACCCCAACAGCAAGUGCCACCACUUCCUGAACCAUCUGAACAAGCACCUCAGAGAAGGGCAACAGAGGGAUUGGAAGCUGAUUAGGCCGGAGAUUCAAGAGCUUCAGAUCUGUCUGAAGGACUAUGUCAAGAUGAUGAUGAACAGGCCAACCAUAAGUACUUCUCCACCUGAACCGCUGGCCAUUGAGGCAGGGCCUGUGGCACCAACCACACCACCACUUCAGUCAAGCAAGGACCCCUCGGGACCUAGCAGCUUAGCUGAAUUCAACCCUCCUAUAAAACGGGAAGGGUUGUGGGAUGAUGUCGAAGGCAGUACAUCUGGUGGUGGGGAUUCUAAAGGAGUUCAGAGGGGGUGGGACAUAGACCUAGCGUUGCUGAAAAAGGAGCCCCUAAACCCCGACGAGGAGUUUGUCGAGCCGACUAAUGAUUCUAGACCAACCCAAGACAACUUAACUUCCUUGAGGGCAGAUCCAGAGAAAAUACAGGUGAUCAAAUCCAGACUCGGCCAGCUUAUGACCAAGAAAUCCAAGUCUGAGAGAGCAAGGCCCUCUGUAGGGCUCAGUGAAUUCGGUAAAGAGAAACCUGAAAAUCUGUUGACCAGCCGUAGAGAGGAGGCAUCCAACCUCCACGGCAUUAGCAGACACCCUCCAUGCCUCCAAGAAUCCAUGGACAAUGUGCCCCUCUCUGUUUUAAAAAGUAAUCUUCAAGGAAAAGAAGCCUCCAAAUCCUCACGAGAUCGGAGUAAAGGAAACUCGAGACAAUUUGACCGACCACAAUCCCCACCAAAGUUAACUUCAGAUGUAAUUGUUAUAUCUGAUGAUGAGGCUACAUUAGAUGUUGGUAGAGCAAGAAGGACUGAGUGUUUUUCUGAGACCUCCCAAAUAAAAAAUGAACCAGAUGCCUCUGACCAGAAUCCUAGUCCCUGUCGUGAUUACAAUGGAGACAUGAGUGAAUCUCAGGUGUUUGAAUUUGAAACACAGGAAGAUAUGGCCUCUGCCUUGUCCAAUAGAGAUUCGGAAAGUAACAUGCCACCCGAAAAGCCCAAAGAAGAUAGCCCUGUCAGUCCAACUUCAAGAGAGCCUUUAUCAAGCUGGGAAUGUGAUACACAACCGAUCUAUGACGAGGAUAUCCAAAGAGCCUGUCAGCAGGUUGAGAAGGAGCUUGAGAAGCCUAAGACCCUACCUCAAGGGCUCAAAAGGGCCACUGUUGUCAAAAAAAGAAAUCUUCUUGUUGAUGCAAAACCAUUGGCCUCCAAGUGCCUGAGCAAGAAACCUACCGUGGUCGAAAAACAAAUCAAAGAGCCUGUGAAGGAUGCUCCCCAUGCAGUUACACCACCAUUGAGAAAAAGCAGUUCAACGGUACGUUCAAAGAGACUGGAACCUGAGACACACUCUUCCUUAACCACAUCAGCCAUCUCACACAAAACGUCAUUAACUCCAGCCAUUGUCCCUCCUAAAAGAGUCAGAAAAGCCACAGAGCCUGUGUCCACAGUUGAGAAGCUUGGCCUUAAGAAGAAGGUGCGAAAGGCCUUUGAUCUCUCCCAGGGAUCACGUGAUUCUGUUGGUGCGCUGAGGCGCCACGGCGCUACCGUCAAUGUCCCACGGGCCAAGAAGCCUACCCGACAGACCAAAAGGUCAAAGAUUACCUUCCCUCAGAGAGUAGUCAAAGGGAGUAGCAGGCAGAGCAAGCGGGCAUCUGGAGCAGGAAUCUCUGCAAAAGCAGAGCCAAUGAAGAGACAUCCGAAAAAGAUUGACGAGAAUCGAAGACCCAGUUUUGUUACCGAGGAUGAUGAAGACGAGGACCUGCAAUGUUCCCAACUAGAUCCUGCCCGUCAUGAGGAACAGCUGGCGGUCAAUCGCAGCUCUCAACGAGCCAAUGAGAACAAACCAGCAUCCUCUAAUACAGUGAGUAGUGUGUUGUCCAACAUGGACAGGCAGAUCUCUCCAUACUUUCAAAGGAAUGAUGUCACACCUAGACCUUCUGGUCAAGUCCCCAAAAGCAAUGGAGGUGAAGAUUUUGAUGCAGACUGGAUGUACCUUACCCAAAUGGAGCCAACUGAAAUGGAGAUGUGCUCGCAGAUGGAGGAGGAAGACGAGUUCUUCUACACACAGCGGGACCCUUUAGACAUGGACAUUGACAAAGACCGCCAGAUGCCCUUUGAGGAAAAGGGAGGGUCUUCAGAAUGGACAUGGCCUAAACAGGCAGAUGAAGUGCAAGGGGCUCCACUUGCACCACAGACUUUUAAGACACCGGCUACUCCUUCACGCUCUAGCUUGACUCCGGACGAUGAUCGCUUGUUCCUGAAACGAGGAAUGUCCCCUAUGUCGGUUAAAAAGGCCAAGCCGUCCACCACCAAGAUCUACGCGACCUCAAGCUCCAGGAGUGCCUCCUUGGUGCAAGAGAUGGAGAGGACCGCCAAUGCUCAAUUUUCGGCUUCUUCUGCCCCUGCUGGAAGAGUUAGGCCUGCCCGGCCAGUUGUGCCUGCACAAAGACAAUGCGUACGACAACCUCCUCAUCUAGAGGUUGGUCAGUCUCUUCCUCUGAAUCAACUCUUAUACAAACCCAUCGCAGCACAACUUCCACCGAAACAUCCCCCAUCCAGACCCGAACAUAACCUCCCCCGUCCACCUUGCCUCCGCCCUAUCCAGCACAGCAACAUAGGUUCCACCCCCCAGCCCUUCACCUCCAAGACCUACACCAGGCCCGACGCCCCUUUCCGAAGUCAGAUGCCCAACCCAGAGGUUGGCUUCAGAUUUGACACCAACUACCUAAUUCAACACAUCCUGAAAUGGACCUUUGAUAUGUUCCGUAACUACAAGCAGUUUGGUAUACCCUCUGAGGUAUGUGAGUUACCGUUGAAAAAAGUAGGCUUCAGCUUCAGCUCUUAUGAUGAAUACUACAAGACCUUUUACCCCCUGCUUCUCACCAACACUUUUGAGGAGCUCGCAGGUGAAUGGCUAAAGAACAAGGAAUUAGGAAAGGUGGUAACUCAGAAUUUAAAAGUUGUCGCAAAUGAAGACAGCCACAGUGUUUGGAAUGUUAGUUUUACAGCGAGCAUUACUGCCAGUGAUGACUCCCGUCAGAUGUACCCUAGGGAGGAUGACCUGGUCAUUCUGUGGCUGCCCCAGAAUAGAGGUGCUUACUCAUGGCAUGAGCAGGGCUUCUUGGAUCUUCAAGAACAAUUUGGCUAUGUGCAGAGAUCCAAUGUCUGCAACGGAGGCGUGGGCCAGUGCCCAACUCUGAACCUGAUGAUAAAGACCCUGGGCAAUGUGACGUUGGCGAACAAGCAGGCAGUGCGCUGUGAUGUGGUGGGCUCCCUGGUCAGCACCUUGAGGGAGUUCAAGGCAAUCUGUCUGCUCAAUGGCAGCUCUAUGCUCAAGCCCCUCCUGGCCCCACAGGUCUCCUACUUCCAACCUGGCCCGGAGGUCAUCCCCAGCCUCAACCUGCCUGAUUACAACCUAGACCAGGUGAGGGCGGUGAGAACCGGUUUGUCCGUCAUCAGGAACCAGCAACUCACCCCAAAAAUCUGCCUUAUACACGGACCCCCAGGAACGGGAAAGAGCAAAACCAUCGUGGGCCUGCUGCAAAAGCUGUUCUCUGAGGGAGUACAGAGCAUGGCUAAACCCCGCCGCAUGAGGGUCCUCCUGUGUGCCCCGUCCAACGCCGCCAUCGACAACCUGAUGAAGAAGAUUAUCCUGGUCUUCAAGGAGAAGUGCAAGAACAUCAGGGGUAACUGUGGGGACAUCAAUCUGGUGAGGCUUGGGAACGAAAGGACCAUCUCCAAGAAUUUAAAACCUUUUAGCCUGGACAGUCAGGUGAAAAACAAAACACAAAAGGCACUGAUGUCACAGGACUCAGACAUCCACCGGCGCAGAGCGCAGCUGGACGAGAGCAUAGACAAGAUCUCCAAGAUGUUGCAAAAACUGCAAAAGAAAGAGGAAAUGUACCAUGAGCUGGCAGCGCAGAAGUCCAGACUGCUCCAAGAGAGACAGACACUCAGCUACCAACUCAAACAAUCUCGCAGUAGGAAGCAGGAGACCCAGGCCCAGGUACUGCAGGAUGCCCAUGUGGUCUGCUGCACCUUGAGCACCAGCGGCAGCACCGUCCUGGAGUCGGCGUUCCGGCGCCUGGGACACAAGCCCUUUAGCUGCGUCAUUGUGGACGAGGCAGGGCAGGCCACCGAGACGGAGACUCUCAUCCCUAUGCUCUACCAGUGUAACGCCCUCAUCCUGGUGGGAGACCCCCAUCAGCUGCCCCCCUACGGUUAUCUCCCAGAAAGCGAAGGAGUUGAAGUACGGCCAGAGAACAAGAAGCCCAGCCCUGUGGUCUUCCUUAGCUGCCAGUACCGCAUGCACCAAAUCUGCGAGUUCCCCUCCAAGCACAUCUACCGCAAGGCCCUUAAAACUGACAGUGAAACUGCAGAGAGGAGGGGGAACUUUGGCUGGCCUCUCCAGCCCUACCGUGUGUUUGACGUGACCGACGGUCAGGAGGUCAAGGAGGGAGCGUCGUUCAGCAACCUGAAAGAGGUGCAGCUAGUCGUGUUCCUGCUGAGGCUGAUAGCUGAGAAGCAUCAGGUCAAGGUGGGGGUCAUCACGCCCUACAAUGCCCAGAAGGACCGCAUCAGCCGCGAGUUGGCCAAGGUGGUCAACAAGAACCUCACGGUGGACGUUGACACUGUGGAAGGCUUCCAGGGCCGAGAGAUGGACUGUGUCAUUGUCUCCUGCGUCAGGGCGAGCCACGAGCAGGGCGGCAUCGGAUUCCUGGGAAAUCGCCAGAGGUUGAAUGUGACCAUCAUCACCCGGGCCAGGUUUAGCCUGUUCAUUCUGGGCCAUCUACGGACACUCCAGGAAAACCAAGACUGGGGCGCGCUCAUCAAGGAUGCCGCUACACGAGACGUCAUUAUAUCAACAAAUGAGAUGACCUUCAAGACCGACGCCAGGAAGAUCUUCAAGCAGGAGCUGACCAGGAGCUUGUCUUACCCCCUCGGAGAACCAGGCCCUCCCCCUGCUGCCCCCUGUCCCACCGCUGAUCCCCCCAGGCCUGCUCCCUUCCAGCUACGCCGCUCUUCUGAGCCAGCCCUGUUCGCCCAGGGCAGGGACUCCCCCCAGCAGCCCAGCUCGGCAUCCCCUCCCCAUGACGCUGACAGGCCCAGAUACCCCCGUCUGGUAGUCCAGGCCCCCCAGCAUAGAGCAGACUGGAAUCUACAUGCUGAAGGAAUCAGGGACCCACGAGCGGAGGGCUACAGAGACUCCCGGGUGGAAAACCUGAGAGAUCUGCGAGCUGAGAGGGAUCCACGAGGACGCAACAGCCCAGAUCAGCGUCACUCAACUGGGUACCAAAACCAGAGAUGGGCUGUCAGGGAGAGGGACAGAGAGCAACACCGUUCACCAAUCACCGCGCCCUACCCAGGUGAUGGAGUACACAGACCACCGAGGGACCCCAGACAGAGAGACUGUAAUCGCUACAGUGCUACAACCUCCUUCAACCACCACACACACACUCACCCCCAGAAACGAGACCCAGACCCCCGAUGGAUCCCUCCCACCCACUCCAAGAGGGGGAAAGAGAGGACUGACCACUGACUCUGUUUGGUUUGUUUUUUAUUGGUGUACUUUCUGAUAAGUUCAGGGAAAGGGAACGACAGUGGAAGGACAAGAGAUUACGCGGAAUAGUUUGGUUGUCGAACAGUCAGUCAAAAACAUCACUGUUCACCAUCUCAAGCAGUAAUAUGAUACUGUUGUAUCAUUUACAAGUCAAUUUUAUUUCUGUAAUAAAUCUAAUCGUUUUUGUAAUAAGCUGUUUAAUGACUGAUAUGGCUUGAGUAUGUGGGUUGGCCACUGGCCUCUCUGUAUUAAACUGCCCUUUGUUUGGACAAUGGGGGCGGAGCCUUUUGUGAAAGGGCCCUUGUAUUAUAACACUGGUGUGUUUCCAGUUUAUUACUGAGAGAUGUAACCAGGGUAAUGCACUGCACUGUGCCUGUGACUUUUAUUCAUUUUCUUUUUUUGGUUCACAAUUUUAUCAUUUCCUAAUCUCAUUUCCUUACGCGCUCUGCAUGUCUAUAGAAAUGUUCUGCGCUUCAUAAAAGCGCUAAGACUAAUGUCUCUGGUGCUCAAUGUUUGAUACCUGGUUAUUUAUUAGUAGUAUAGCCCACUUAACAGAAUGGCUGUUACCUUCACAUUGAAAGUACACACUAUUUCCACUUAAAGUAUAUAUUAAGUGCAAAAGUAUAUCUCGUCAGCCAUAGUUAUUUGACUAUAGGCAAUUAUUUUAGUUGUAUUUUGCUUUUAAAGUGUCGUCCUUGUUUAGCACCAGGAUGCUGGUUAACUGAGGCAAAUAAGAUUACAUUUUGUGAUUGGAA